AUGACGAUCUCCAAGCGCAAGGUUGAGCCACCUCCCCCUUUCGGGGUAAAGGCGUUACAUGGGCGGGUGGUCUCUACGAAACGGUCCAGCAAGGUGAAGUUCUUCCCUGCCCGAAGGACACCCUCCCCCAAAAAAAACCUCAGGCAGCCGACCCCGCGUAUUUCCACCCCUCGGAAGAGCCAUGGCCGCAUCUUCGACCACGAAGCUGUCGAGUAUCGCUUCUCUGCGGAUGAUUUCUCGCAGCCAAAAAAUCAGUCGAAGGCACGGAUUUAUUAG